CUGAUAUAAAACCUCUUCCAUAGCUAUUAGCCUAUUAAUAAUAGAAAGAGAUAGAGAUAAGAAAUCAUCACCUACAAAAAUCUGUUCCCUUUUUAGCUCUCAUGGACGCUUCCAUAGUUUCUUCCUCCGAAACUUUUCCAAAUGAAGAUUCUCUAAACCAACAGAGCCUAGAACAGAGAACCAAAGACGAAGAAAGAGACGUUCGUGAUUCUAGUAAAGAACAGCUCAAUAAAGAACUCAAUCUCAUUGACUGCAUAGACACAACCAGUAACGUUAAGGGAACUACAUCCACAGAACAAAAGCUUUUCUCAUGCAACUACUGUCAAAGAACUUUCUAUAGCUCACAAGCGCUUGGUGGUCACCAAAACGCACACAAGAGAGAGCGCACGUUGGCAAAGAGAGGACAACGUCUGGCAGCAUCAGCCUCAGAUUUUGGACAUCCUUACGGUUUCUCUCCACUUCCUUUCCAUGGACAAUACAACAACAGGUCAUUAGGGAUUCAAGCUCAUUCGAUGAGCCAUAAGGUAAGUUCAUAUAACGGAUUUGGUGGUCACUAUGGUCAGCUCAACUGGUCAAGACUUCCGUUUGAUCAACAACCAGCCAUAGGUAAAUUGCCUACAACUGAGAAUCUUCAUCAUCAUCACCAUCAAAGAAUGAUGAUGGAUCCUUCACUGUCCAAUAACAUCGGUAGAUCAUCAAGCAACAUAGGAAGGAUUCUAGAAGGGACGCCGGCUCUUGAACAAUGGUGCGGAGACGGAGAUUGUUAAGUACUACUAAUCAUGAAGAGCAACAUAAGCUUGACUUGUCGCUCAAGCUUUGAGAUUCUUUUUCUUGAUUCUUGAAUGAGAUUUUUGGCAAAAUAGUGCAUUUCUCAAACUUAAUUGGAAAAUGAGUACAUAUACUAUUCAAAAUAUGAGAAAUAGUCAAUAGGACCCCUUGUGGAAAAAUAAUUAGGUUCAUCCCUUACACCUCCUCUCCUCUCAACCAAUCAGA